AUGGCAGGAGAUUAUAUUAUUUUCCGUUUCCACCAUGGUGGAACUUUUAUCAAAGCGCCUGACCCGAACAACAUUGGGGAGAGAGAAAUGAAGGUAACUCCUAUUGACAAGGACCACUUUUCUGUUGUCGGGUUGAUUAAUUAUUCAAAGGAUAUGGGAAACCAACCUCUCAUUGAACACGUAGAAAACAACACAUAUUUGACUAGAGAGGAAGAAAACUCUAAUCUAGGAGAUGACAAUACUAUUUUGCCUUCAGAUCUGGAGAGUAGUGAAUCUGAAUUAGAUGUUAUACCCGAGGAAGAUGAUAGUGAGUUAGAUGAUGAGUAUAGAGCCUUAAGGGGGGAUGAGGACUACUACAGUAGUUCAGAUAUUGGAAGUGAUGAUAGUAGAGAUGAGUUGGAUGUUCUAGCUGAAAGGGGUGUUGACUUGCCAGCUAGAAGGAAGAGUAAAAAAUUAAGGUUUGACCCAGAUUGUAAAAUAACUAUAUUUGAGCUUGGUACGGUCUUUGAGAAUGCUAUGCAAUUUAGGAAAGUAGUGCAAUCUUAUGCUAUAGAGUACAAAGUUCAGCUAAAACUUACGCCCAAUGAGAAGCACAGGAUUAGAGUAAAGUGUAAAAGUAAAGGGCUAUGUACAUGGGAGCUAUAUGCAAGCACUGACAGAGAUUUUAGGGACUUUAUUGUGAAGGAAUACCAACCAAUUCACAAGUGCACUACCAAAAACAAAAACAAGUUGUGCACUUCCAAGUAUAUUGCACAUGAAUACAAAGACAGGAUCAUAUCCCAACCAAAUAUAAAACUUUGGGAAAUUAAGGAGUGGGUUAGGGAUCAAGAGGGUUUAUAUGUGGGAAGGACUAUCUGUUAUAGAGCUAAGUGUAUGGUACUCAAGCAGUUCAUGGGGAUAGAUAAAGAUACUAAACCUGGAAAGAACUUGUUUGUGUUUUUUUAUGUGUGUUUUGAUGCUCUUAAAAGAGGGUGGUUAGAAGGUUGUAGGAAAAUUAUUGGAUUUGAUGGAUACUUCUUGAAGGGGUUAUGUAAGGAGACAAAACACUCUUGGACUUGGUUCAUUGAAAAUAUAAUUUCAGACUUGGACUUAGGAGAUGGAGUCGGCUUAACAGUUAUGUCAGAUAUGCAAAAGGGUCUGGUUUCGGCUAUUAGUGAGUUAUUACCUAAUGCAGAGCACAGAAUGUGUGCUCGACAUAUUUGGUCUAAUUGGGCCAAAAACUGGAGAGGGGAAGAAAGAAGAAUGCAAUUUUGGAAAUGUGCUAAGUCUUCAUAUGAAAUAAAGUUCAAGGAAGAAAUUGCAAACAUGGCAAAACUUGGUAAGAAGGAUAUAUGUGAAGACUUACUGGCAUAUAACAAAGAAUGUUGGUGUAGGGCUUACUUUUCUACAUGUUCUAAAUGUGAUGCUGUUGAGAAUAAUAUGUGUGAAACCUUUAAUUCUUGGAUAGUAGGACCAAGACAUAAGUCAAUUAUUACUAUGUUAGAGGAAAUUAGACACAAAAUUAUGAAUAGGCAUGUUGAUAUGAGGAGAUUUGUUGAGACCUGGAUAACAGACAUUUCACCAAUGGCAAGGUUAAUAUUAGAAGAAAACAAAGAGCUUUCUAGGAAGUGUAAAGUGUUGUGGAAUGGAGAUUCUGGAUUUGAAAUAGGUGAUGGUGACAAAAGGUUUAUUGUUGACUUAGUAAGAAGGACAUGCACAUGUAGAACUUGGCAGUUGAGAGGCAUUCCAUGUGCUCAUGUUGUUUGUGCCUUCUAUCACUUAGACCAAGAACCAGAGAAUGAAGUCGAGGAUUAA